AUGGCCGCCGUGCCCUGGGAGUCGCGCGUCGUGGUGAGGGACGACGACAGCGGCGAUAGCGGCGACGACGGCUGGUGUAUCGGUUUUGUGCGGUGUGAGUCGCAGGUGGGCACCGAUCUCUCGUCUUCUGGAGCCCUUCGGGCGGGAGCGGGGCGGUCUGAGCGUGGGGGAACGCAGUCGGAUGAAAUGUUGCACGAAGACAAGAAUGAAGUAUUAAAGAAGGCUCUAUUUCGUGGUGAUGUGUCUUUAAUUGAAGAACUUUUAAACUCUGGUGUAAGCAUAGAAUCUCGCUUUCAAUUUGGAUGGACUCCCCUGAUGUGUGCUGCCAGCGUGGCUCAUUUUGCCGUAGUUGGUCUUCUUUUGGACAGAGGUGCUAAUGCAUGCUUUGAAAAAGAUAAGUACACUGUGCUGAUGGCAGCAUGUGCUGCACGUGCUUCCGAGGAAAACGUCUUGAAGACUGUAGAACUGCUUCUAUCAAGGAAUGCUGACCCUAACCUUACUUGCAGGAGACAAAUGACUCCACUGAUAUAUGCAGCUAGCAAAGGCUAUCCUGAAGUUGUUGCUCUUCUUGUUGCUCAUGGAUCACACAUAGAUGCCCAAGAUGAUAAUGGAUAUUCAGCAUUAAUGUGGGCAGCACAGCACGGACAUAAAAGUGUAAUAUUAAAGUUGCUUGAGCUGGGUGCUGACAAAAAUCUACAGACUAAGGAUGAGAAAACAGCAGCAGAGCUUGCAAAAGCCAAUAACCAUUCAGAGAUUCACAGUUUACUCUCUUUGUCUACAAAUCAUUUGCAAAGGAGAUACUGUGGAACGAGUAAGCAAGAGGCCAUCUGCAAAUUUAUGACACCUAUCACUGAGCACAGAGUUGGUUCCUAUUCAGCUUUUGGUGACUUGGAAGUGUUUUUACAUGGUCUUGAUCUAGAGCACAUAAUAGGAUUAUUGAAGGAAAGAGAUAUAACUUUAAGACAACUUCUGGUCAUGCAAAAAGAUGAGAUAAGACAGAUUGGCAUUACAAAUCCUGGAGAUCAACAGAAACUCCUAGAUGCUAUUAGCAGUCUACAAGAGGAAGGAAUAAACAUUGGAGACCUCGCUGAAGUGACAAAGCUGGAAUUGAGUGAAGAUGAACUCCUCAAGUUUCUUCAGCAGCUGAACAAAGAGUGUAAUAAGCUGAUUGUUUCUGUGCAGACCAUGAAUAAGCAUUUUCUUGAAAAUUCUCACAAGAUAGUGCAGUGGGCACCGACCAGGUGUCUUCCUAAAUCCUGCAAAGACUCGAUUUACAGUGUUGAAAAGCUGCGAGAAGAAGUAACCAAAAUGCAGGACCUGAUGGUGAAGCACGAACAGGAGAGUGAACCCAGCCAAGUGAAACUUCCAGAUAAAGCACCGAUCUUCAGGAAAAGAUUAGUAAAAAUGGGAGCAGUAGUGUUGUUUGGAAUUGGUUUUGUCUUCUUUAUAACUAAGGUAGUGAUCAAGAAAAAAAACCCUGUCUUUAGCGCGAUGAAUACUUUUGGAAAAUUUGGUCACAUCAUGCCUCUGAACAUAAGCAGCUGA